AUGUUGGACUUGAGCUUCCUGACCGAAGAGGAGUAUGAGAAACUGAUGAAGGUUUUGCAGAGAGACGCAGAGCUGAAGAAGAAGGAUGGGGAUCGCAUCAGGCGGAUACAAGGCUCCAUCAAGGAUGAAAAGAAGAAGAAGUUUGUGACAGGUGAAUGGUUUUCAGAAGUGAAGGCAAAACGGUUCCAGGAAGACUUAGAGGGACCUGAUCUGCUUCGGGCAUCGAUUAGAAGGAAAAAAGGCAAACUAGAAAAUGAGGCCAACGAGCACAUCCGGACAAGUCUGGAAAGCAAAGCUGCCCCUUUCCCUGAGCACGCUGCUGGUGCAGGAGAGGAGAGACCCAGCACACCUGCUCGUGAUACUGCAGAUGGGCAUAAAGUCUUGCCAAAACUGAAGCCACGAUUUCCUGUCCCGCUGUCUGCAUCACACAAGAGAUCCAGUAUACAUGAUGUCUCUUCCUCAGAGAGUGACACCGGAACAAGUCCAUUUGUGGCUGCAACAAACAGUUUGCAUUUGUCUAGAAAAGGUCAUGGAGUAUCUCCAUUGCCCGCCAAGGUUUCAGAGGAUGCUGUGCAUCAGCUCAGCAGCAUGGCUGGAGGAGAAGCUGUUGAUGGGGCCAGUGGCACCACAGUGGGGCCAAAAACUCCACCUGAAGACACUUAUGCUCCCAGCAAGAUACCAGUUAAGAGGAAACCAAGCAGAACUUCCCCCAUAUCCGAGCACUUUGUGAAUAAUGUGGGGCCAACAGAGAACAGCCUCCCAAAGAGAGAGCUGCCGGCAAGCCCCAAGCCCCUGACCGCAGAGGGGGAAAGCAGCCAGGCUGCGAAGCAAGGCGUGAACUAUACAAUCUCCUCGAUGAGUAAUAAGGAGGAAGAGAUCGGCCUCGAUCGUGAGCGCUUCAAGAACUUGAAGAACUUCUGGGAGAGGGGAGCAGACUCUGUGGCAGCGGGCAGUGUGCCGGCAGACCCGCGCUGGGGGCAGGCAGGCGGCCGGCAGUUCAAGCUGUGCCGCUCACUCUCUGUGCAGUCUGGGCAAGGCCACAACAGUGAAGAAAAGCCUGGCGCCUUCCCCAAACCACGAACCCCCCACAAAAGGACGAUAACCUUGUCUUCUAGUGAGGAAGAACCAAGCUAUGUAGCCCCUGCAAGGAAGGGCUCGGUUUCCGUCGUUCCUAGAUCCACGUACGCCAAGAGCAAAGGCGGCCCGGGUACGAGAAAUAGCACACUGAGUGAAAGCAAUGGGAAGCUGCCGAUGCCAGAGGAUGAGAAGGCAGCACAGCGCUGCUCCAAGAAAUCCAGAUUGCCUGUGCGAGCGCCUUCCGUCCAAAUCGAGUCUCCUACCAAAGAAGUGUCUGGCAGCACGUUUGAGCCAGAGACGCCUACAGAGUUUAUCGUGGCAGAAGAGCCCAAGCACACAGCGAAUGCACUGGCGAGCAGGGUACAAAUACUGAUCGAGCCGGCGCUCACAGAUAGUGAAAACGAUGAUGAGGAAGAGGAAAGAUCUGAUUUGGGCACUCAUGGCAACAUGGACGUAAGUGGAGAGCUACCUGAGGGACAAAAGUGUGAGUCUUCAGACAAGCCAACCCCCAGUGAACCAGCCGGAGAGAGAGCAGCCGUUCAGGGAACGGACUCGGCUGUUUACUCAGAGGAAGAUGGGGAUCGUUCUCCUGCUGCUCAGGCAUUGGCCCGAGCAAACAGCAUUAACCUUGCAAAGAGCAUGGUGAACAUUUACACAACCACAGAGACCUACAAUAAACCUCAUUUGAUACCCCAUCAGUUUCUUGAACCUGAAAGAGUCAAAGAGCUGAGCAGAUCCUCUCCUCUCCUGUUGUCUGAGACGGAAUCAGACACAGCUUCGGAAAUCAGCUUCCAGUUUAACAAGCACAAAAAGACGCCGAGCGUUGGCAGCCACUCCUCUGACAUGGCAUCUGUCUCCUCGGUGAGUGGCAGUGUGCUCAGUGUCUACAGUGGUGAUUUUGGGAGCGUGGAUGCCCAAGGCACUGUGGAGUUUGCUCUGGACUAUGAUGAGAAGAACCGGGAGUUCCAGGUUCAUGUGUCCCAGUGCAAGGACUUGGCUGUCGUGGAUGAGAAGAAAGGCAGAUCUGACCCGUAUGUUAAAACUUACCUGCUCCCAGACAAAGCUAGAAUGGGUAAGAGGAAAACUUCAGUGAAGAAGAGGACUGUGAAUCCCAUUUACAACGAGGUGUUACGGUAUAAAAUAGAGAAAAUGGUAUUGCUGAUCCAAAAGUUAAACCUCUCUGUUUGGCACAAUGAUCCACUGGGACGUAACAGUUUUUUGGGAGAGAUUGAAAUAGAUUUGGCCAGCUGGGACUGGAGCAACAGGAAACUCAACUGGUACCCACUGAAGCCCCGAAGCCUUUCUGCUGUUAACGGUGUGGAUCAUCGAGGAGUGAUGAGUUUGUCUAUUAAGUAUGUCCCUCCAGGAAGCCUAGGUCCCAAGAAUCCUCCCUCUGGUGAAGUUCACAUCUGGGUCAAAGACGUCAAGGACCUGCUGCAGUUGCGUCCUUCUGGAGUUGACUCCUUUGUGAAAUGCUAUGUGCUUCCAGACACCAGUAAGAAGAGUUACCAAAAGACCCGAGUCAUAAAAAGAGACACAAACCCUGUUUUCAAUCACACUAUUGUAUAUGAUGGCUUUCAUACAGAGGAUCUGAAGGAUGCUUGUGUUGAAUUGACUGUGUGGGAUCAUGAAAAGCUUACCAACCAUUUCCUUGGAGGAAUCAGGCUGGGCCUUGGGACAGGUUUGAGCUAUGGUAUCUCUGUGGACUGGAUGGACUCCACGCAAGAGGAGGUGGCCUUUUGGCAGGAGAUGAUGUUGGCUGCCAAUGAAUGGAUCGAGGGAUUGCUGCCACUGCGCUCCCUGGCAGGGAGGAGAAAACUAAAAUAA